AUGAAUUCUGUCAGCACUGAAUACUUUGUUGAUCCUUGUGAUGGAGUCGCAAAUGACGGCUACGAUAAUAAAGAUGGAGUUCUGAUUGUUUCGAAAGACCAAACUAUUAAAGGACCAAAUGAAACGUAUUUCACAAUUUUGAGCCCUCUUGGCAAUGGGCAGUUUGGAAACGUUUUUCAGGUUUUAUGCAUGUCGGCUGAUAUGGAAGCCCCAGUAGUCUAUGCGAUGAAAAUUACAAAAUCACAGCAGCAUUAUCAAGAUCAAGCAAACCAUGAAAUAGAAAUUCAUCGUAGAAUUCAAGAAAAAAUAGCUGCUGAAGAUAGAAAAUACAUAAUCACAAUGAUUAUGGCAUUUGAAUAUCACAAUCAUGUAUGUAUUGUCAGCGAAUUAUUAUCAGUUGACUUAUAUCAAGUGUUAAAAUAUCGAAAUUUCAAAGGUCUUUCAAUAAGUCUUGUCAGGAAUUUGUUAAAGCAACUUCUACAGGAUUUAGUUGUUUUAAAAAAGAUCGGAAUUAUACAUGGCGAUAUAAAACCAGAAAACAUCAUGAGCGUAAACGGAAAUAAUGCAAUUAAACUUAUCGAUUUUGGUUCUGCCAAAACAGAAGGUAAUUUUUCAGAUUUUUACUUUCAAUCGAGAUACUACAGGGCUCCAGAAGUCGUAUUGAAUCUACCGUAUGAUUAUAAAGUUGAUGUUUGGAGUGUUGCCUGCGUUGCUAUUGAGAUGUUUAUUGCAAAUCCGAUAUUUGCUGGACAGAACGAGCUAUAUUUAUUACAGCUUAUUUCUCAAUACGUUUCACAAAUUCCGAUAUCAAUGAUACGUAGCUCCCCAAGAAGGAAAGACUUUUUUAACCACGAUAACACACUGAAGACAUUAAAUCAAUAUUGCUACGAAAAUGGAAUCCAAGUUCCUCAAUUUCAGCCAUAUUUAAUUUAUAAUACAAUUUCAGAAUUGAUUAUGAAAUACCCCAUUGCUCGUGCCAAUAAACAAGGGGAUUUUCUUCAAAAGGAGAUGACUAGAAGAGAACAUUUCUUGAAAUUAAUUCAAAAGAUGCUAAUUAUAGAUCCAAAACUAAGACCAACACCAGAAAAAUGCUUAGAAGACCCAUUCUUUACAAUUCCUUAA